UUUUUACAAGGACUGAAAAACCUACUUUUUGGCAAAGAGAGACCUUUCCUAGCGACCGUUGGAAUCGAUUUGGGGACAACUCACAGUGGAUUCGCAUUUUCUUUCAACAAUAAUGAAGGUGAAGACACAAUUUUCUUAAACCCAGAAUGGAAGAGUGACCUGGGUUAUCAAACAAGCAAGACGCCUUCAUGCCUUCUGCUAAAACCUGAUCUGACAUUUGACUCGUUUGGGUAUAAAGCCGCAGAAAGAUACGCAUACGUGAAAGAUGUGUUCAAUACAUGGAAAAAAUUCCUAUUCUUUGAAAAUUUGAAGAUCAGUCUGGACGAGGGCGAGGUACGUUCCCUUCCUUAAUGCUUAAAAAGCGUUUGUAAAUGGUUAUGACACCCGUAAGUAGUAACAAGUCGUGUGUUAGAUGAAGUUUAGAAUGAAAGAAUGGAAUUUUCAAAUCUUGAAGGAUGUACUGUAAUGCAAAGCGAUUGAAAAAAGAUGACAAAAAUUUACUUAACAACGUCCAUAGUUAAACAUUUAUGUCCUGUUUUGAGUUAGCCCGCAUACCGUACUCAUUCGAUUAAACACCGCGGCGUUUAUUCAAGGAUGACGUUUUAUUCGGGAUUUUGCUGAGUAAGACGCUUCGUAGUAUAGAGAGUGACGCUUUUUCUAAGGGAGGCGUUCAAUCCAGUAAAUACGGUAUCCAGAAUUUCGUCAAAUUAAAUACUAUCUAUGGCCGUCUUUAAAUUCAAGUAAGUAACUUUAUUUAUCGCCGAUGACGUGGGGAGUGGUCGCCCAGUCUCCCGAGCCAGGGGCUCAUGUAUAAAACGCUCGACCGAAGGAAUAAUUAGCCUCGAUUACCAGCCGCUGUUAAGAUGGUCUCUUUGCAUGUAAUAGGACAUUCUUUUUUCUACUUGACAUGUUAUUUUUUUGUGUAUUUUCUUAGAUUUUCAACCCUGGCGAGACAAGCCUCGAAGCGUGCAAUGGGAAAGCUGUCAAAGCAACAACAGUGUUUGCACAUUGCCUCCGAUUUCUUAGAGACGAAGCUGUCAAUGUCGUUCGACAGAAGUCUGGAAAUGAGAAUUACAACGUGGAAGAUAUACUGUGGGUGUUAACUGUUUCUGUAGCAUGGAAUCCAGCAGCAAAACAGCUUAUGCGCGAAGCAGCUUAUGAGGUGUGUAUCUCCUGAGAAAGAGUGAAGAAGAUCAGGGCCAUUUAUACGAGGAAAAAUAAGACGCGUCUUACAUAAGACACGAACUGGACCAUUUAUAAGAGCAUGUCUUAUCUAAAACGAAAACAGCUCGUAUAAAUGCUUCGCGUCUUAUUUCUGUUCUUGACUCGUUUUCAUGUGAAUGACCUGAACUUACUUUUUAAGUGUAAGUUUAUAAUACGAAGAUAGCAAUUUGAUUAAUUAAUAUAAAUUGGGAUAGUUUAAAGUUAAAAGGAUCUACUCACACCAGCAGAUGUCACGCACUUGUCCAGGAGGUCUGCUAUCGCCUUCUCCUUACAUAAUAACAAGAAAUCCUUUUCCUCCGCGAUGGACCAAGUGUUUCUUUUUGCCUUUAACGGCGAGCUCAUAGUAAUUGAGCGAAGAAAAAAUAAAGCAAAAUAGACAAGAAAACGAAAACGCGUUGUAUUUGUAAACAACUUUUCCCCGCCAGUAGCCUGCCAGUCCGCCGCGGGGCAAGCGACAAUUUUCCCGCCAGAAAUUAACGCAUGCGUACUAUGCGUUCGCGUCUUAUAGGUCAUUUACACGAAGUUUUUCUCGUCUUAGCUGAGACGCGUCUUAUCAAUUGAAUCUCAUACUUCAUCAUCAUCGUCAUUUUAAUCGAUUCUUCUAGGGCAAUGUCGCGCCAUACACACUACUGUUCAGCGUGCAGGCUUUUAAUAGAGAGCUUUAGAUUCCAAGACGAGAACGAGAUUUUCCCAAUAUUAAGUAGUGCCCGCCCGCGAACUAACGUCAUUUUGGCGGGAAAAUGUAGUGGUACCCGUCGUCAUUCUACUACGAGUUUUAGCGAGAAUGUCGUAGUGACGAAAACAAGUUAUGAACUGUUAGAAAUUUAUCAUUUAACGAUCGGGAGAGGGACAAGACAGAAAUAAGCGUAGUAACUUAUUAAAAUUAAAUGUAGUCCUCGUGUUUGUUCUCGUCCUCGAAUCUAAAGUUCUCUAAUUCUUCAUGGAGGCAAGAUCAGUGUCCCUUUUAGUUGACAUUUGCGCCCCCCACCCCCCACCCUCAUGAAGCCUCGCCUUGUUUUGGCUUCCUUUCCCCACCUUUAUCCAUUUGUUGCUUCAAUUUUAAGUCUGAUAUAUACUGCCACACUUUUUUCUAAUAGGCCGGUCUUGGAUCACGUGACAACCCUGGUCAGGUUAUUAUUGCCUUCGAUGCUGAAGCCGCUGCCCUUUUCUGUUCAGAGACAAUACAUUGCGAGGCUCAGACCGACAAUCUCGCACUGGGAGAAUUAAGAGAGAGUGAUUGUUCUCCCUCGGAAGAACCAAAUGCGCUCAGCGUAAUUGUCGAUUUGGGAGGUAAUAUUUUUUUAUGUUUUUCUUAACUUGUUACGUCCUUGCAGGUCCUUGAUAAAAAACACAGGCUCCACAUUUCGCCAAUUAAAAAGGCAUGGGAGACAAUCUAGGCAUGUAGUUUUAUACUGGUGCUUUCUCAAGGAUACACCCUUCAUUUUGUAAAAGUAUGAUGUGAACGGGGUAUUCGCUUUUUUCUUUCGACAUCAGCGGAUAGGAUAGGAGCUAUCUUUAUUAAAUUAAACCAGGUUUUUCUACGUCGAGAUAUAAGAGAAGGAGCAAUCCAUUCCAAAGAAUACAAAAUACUUAACUAGAUUUCUAGAAAACUACUGCGGCGGGCCUGCAUAGUUGAAAAAUAAAUGUCACUUUCUGGUAGAUGCCUUAAGAGUUUUGAUACAUUUUCAACCUGGUUCCCAGGGUCCUCUCUCGCUUCAGGGGCCAAGUAGGAGAGUACCCUUGGGAACGAGGUUGCUUGGGAAUAAUUCAGAAAUUCUUUUAUAGGAAGCUGUCUCAAAGUAACUGUGUUUGAGAAGAGCACUGAUGGAGUUUUGCAUAUGUCCUACAACGAAACUGUCAGGCCUGAUGACGAGGUAAUGGUAGAUUGUCAAUUCAGGACUCUUUUAGACCAGCGGUUCGACGCACAAAAGAUGUGCGAUUAUCGAAAACUAUUCCCCGCUGAUUGGUUAAAAAUGAUGCAGGACUUUGAGGCAAAGAAAUGUGCCUUCCUUAAAAAUGAAACCAAGAUUCACCUGACUGGUAGCUUCGUAUCCUGGCUGAACGAUUACCGCUCUCCAUCCAUGAAGUGCUUCGCUGAGGGAGUAGUUAAAAUAGUGGAUGACAAGUAUCUCAGCGUCAGUUCUCAUGCUAUGCGAAGCCUUUUUAAGCCAUUGUUAGAAGCCAUAAAAGAUUGUUUACGGGAUACCGUGUUGAAAAAUCCGCGCAGCACCACAGUGUUUCUUGUUGGAGGUCUUUCAGAAUCUCCUUUACUUCAAAAAGAAAUAAAAAAUGUUUUUAGUGGACGGUUCUCAGAUGUCAUUACAAGGGGAGCCAGUAUCGCAGUCGUCCAUGGUGCAGUGAUUCUGGGGAAGAGAGCAGUUGCAGAAAGCAGACGGGUCGUCAGUAGAACGUAUGGCACCGACUGUUCACUAAGGUUUGUACUGACCGUUUUUGAUUGCACAGUCUUGGUUAUAGCCUCGAAAGUAUAGCUCCAAUUUGCCCCCGUUACUAUAGCUUGCACGCGUAUUUGCCGCUGAACAGUGUAUGGUUCUCAGGGUAUCAGGGUCUAACAUUUCACUUUUUAGUGUCUUGAAAGGGAUGUCUUUUUGGUAUGGAAACCUUUUAAUAAGUGUGAAAGUUGCCGAUGAGCGAUCUGCAUGUGCCACACCAACAGUUUUUCUAACCCUAAUCUAAUCGCAACACACUCUGUGUGCGAAACGAAUCAUGGUCAAGAAAUCAGGUCUCCUGCCUUUUCUUAGUGUAGCGAAAUUAAAGAUUUUUGUGUCAACAGGGUCAGGGUUUGAUGGCCUUGAGGGAACAUUUCAACUCAAGUUCCCCCACCCCCGGGCGUGGAAAUUAUUAUUCAGAGAUUAUCAGAUAUCUCUGACAGUCAUUACAAAGUGUCCUUAGGAAUAAGAGGUCACCAAAAACAGCCAGAGGUAUGCUAGUAAUAUAUGGGAUUGAAAUUAGUCUUUAUUCAGAUCAGAGCAACUUUCCAUGGCCAAGAACAUUACUGACCUCGUAUUCUGUUGGUUUUCGUCACACGAAGAAGAUGCGCGCCGCUCGUUUCAAACCCAACCGGGCCGUCAAUGGAUUUCAGCUUUUUUUCAGCGUUUUCUUGUUAUUAAAAUGCAAUUUAAUAGAAAGAAUUAUGUACAAAUUGUACUUUCUUGUACUUGUAAUAACGUUAUAGGUUUGUCAGGCGAGUUCACCCAGAGGAAAAUAAGUUCACAACAAGUUCGGGACAAGAGAGGUGCAAAGACUUGUUCAACCGCUUUGUGAAAAAAAACGACAUCGUAAAACUUGGACAGAAGAUUGCUAUUACAUACCGACCUUGUGAGGCAAAUGAAACGGAAAUGAGAUAUUCAUUCUACACUGCUGAUGUGCAAGAGGUCCUCCUGGUGACAGAGCCUGGCGUCAAGAAGAUCGGGGACCUUGUUCUUCAAUCUCCUGACACCUUGAAAGGACUGGAUCGAGACAUUGAAGUCAGCUUACACUUUAUAGGAACAGAUGUGGUAGCUUCAGCUUGGGAUGUUGAGAGCGGUAACCUGGUUCAAACCACUUUGGAUGUCUUCCUGCCACGCGUGAACAUGGUCUAA